AUGGCUGUGCGCGCGCAGUUUGAGAAUUCGAAUGAAGUCGGCGUCUUUGCGACGUUAACGAAUUCCUAUGCGAUUGUGGCGAUCGGUGGCUCGGAGAACUUUUACAGUGUAUUCGAAUCCGAAUUGCAGGACGUCAUUCCCAUUUGCCAUGCGACCAUCGCAGGCACACGGAUUGUCGGACGGUUAACAGCCGGCAACCGAAAAGGCCUACUAGUCCCUACCACAACUACCGACCAAGAGCUCCAACAUCUCCGAAACUCCAUCCCAGAUUCCGUCAAGAUACAACGUGUAGAGGAGCGGUUAUCGGCGCUAGGCAACGUGAUAUGCUGCAACGACCACGUCGCCCUCGUGCAUCCUGAUCUAGAGCGCGAAACCGAAGAAAUAAUAUCAGACGUCCUCGGCGUCGAAGUCUUCCGACAAACCAUCGCCGACAACGUGCUCACCGGCUCGUACAUGGCGCUCUCCAACCAGGGCGGCAUCGUGCAUCCCAAAACCUCCAUCCAAGACCAAGACGAACUCUCCUCGCUCCUCCAGGUGCCGCUCGUGGCCGGCAGCGUGAACCGCGGGUCUGCCGUCGUGGGUGCCGGCAUGGUGGUGAACGACUGGCUCGCGGUCACGGGGCUGGAUACCACGGCGACGGAGCUGAGUGUGGUCGAGAGCGUGUUUAGGCUUGGUGAGGCGUCCGGGCUGGGGAAUGUGAAUAAGGAGAGUCUGGUGGAGAGCUUUUACUGA